CCAGGGGAAACAGCCCAGAGACAGAGCACUAUGACUUCUGAGAAAGGUCCUUCAACUGGGGAUGCCACCUUGAGGAGAAGAAUCAAACCCUGGGAAUUUGAAACCUUCUUCGACCCCAGGGAACUCCGCAAAGAAACCUGCCUGCUGUAUGAAAUCAAGUGGGGCACAAGUCACAAAAUCUGGCGAAACACAGGCCUAAACACAACCAAGCAUGUUGAAAUCAAUUUCAUAGAAAAAUUUACCUCAGAAAGAAAUUUUUCCUCAUCUGUCAGUUGCUGCAUCACCUGGUUCUUGUCCUGGAGUCCCUGUUGGGAAUGCUGCAAGGCUAUUAAAGAAUUUUUGAGCCAACACUCCAAUGUGACCCUUGUUAUGUAUGUAGCAAGGAUUUUUCAUCACAUGGAUCCACAAAACCGGCAAGAACUCAGGGACCUUGUCAUUACCAGUGGUGUAACUGUCCAGAUCAUGAGAGGUCCAGAGUAUGAUCACUGCUGGAGGAAUUUUGUCAACUACCCACCUGGGGAAGAAGCUCACUGGCCAAGAUACCCGCCUCUGUGGAUGAAGCUCUAUGCUCUGGAACUCCACUGUAUAAUCCUAAGUCUUCCACCGUGUUUAAAGAUUUCAAGAAGAUAUCAGCAUCAGCAAACACUUUUCAGCCUUAAAUUUCAAAACUGCCAUUUCCAAAUGAUUCCACCCUAUAUCCUUCUAGCUACAGAGAUGAUACAACCAUCUGUGACUUGGAGAUAA